UCAAUAACAGAUAACAACUCAGAUUUUUCCUUUUAAAUAACCCCUCUCUCUCACUCACUCUCUCCCACUUCCCCAUACUCUCACUAGCCAUGGCCGACAACCUCUCCUUAAGUCUCAUAGGAGCCAUGGAUCGUCUUUGGUUUCACCAAAUUAUCCUUUUCCCAGAACCCAUUUCACUAUUUUCCUUUAAACCCCUUAAACCACAGCAGCCCUACUCGGAAUCUACCGCUACGCCUACAAGCCCGUCUGCAACAUCUCUUGCAGAAGACAAUAUCUCAACGCCUGUUUGCCCUCUCUUUGACCAUCAGCCAUUAGCUCCAGCGGACGAUUCUAAAGAUGAGGAAGAAGAAGAGGAAAUGAAGAAACGAGCAAGGAGAGGGAGUGUUAGCUCUAGAAGUCGUUCACAUUCCUCAUCUCCAUCAACCGAAAAGCGUCUAAGGAAUCACAGGCACUCAACUUCACGUUCACUAGGGGGUAAACUGAAAAAAUCCACGAGUUGUAAGAGCUUGGAAGAUUUGGAACUAGAAGAAGUAAAAGGGUUCAUGGAUCUAGGUUUCAUAUUCAAGAAAGAACACUUAGAUUCAAGAAUGAUUGACGUCGUCCCAGGCUUGCUCAGACUCGGAUUUCUCAAAACUCAACCGAAUCUUCCCGCUGACGAACAUGAAGUAUCUAAAGAUGAUGAUGAUGAUGAUGAUGAUAUUGAACAAGAAGAUCAAGAAAGUGGUGUUAUAAGACCGUAUUUAUCAGAGGCUUGGCUGAUAAAAAGACCUGAUUCACCAUUGCUGAAUCUAAAAGUACCAAGGGUGUCUGCAGCUGCUGAUAUGAAGAAACAUCUCAAGUGUUGGGCUCGAACCGUUGCAUCGGUAGUACAGCAGGAAUGCUAAAAGUAAAUCUAGAAAAACAACUGCACAACUAUUAGCUUGCCUAGCUUAUUCAAUUGUUCAAAAAGAAGAGUUUGUUUGUAAUUAGAUAGUAUAUAUAUAAAAAUAAAGAUGAGCCAAAUGCUCUUUUUGUCUGAUCCA